UAUCUGCUGGAGGGAAACGCUUCACGUCGAGAUUUAUUUCAUAUCUGUAACCAUGAAAAAAAAAAAAAAUCUUUAAGCGUCUGUUUUAUCAUGACGAUUAAUGCCAAUUUUAGGGACCGUCAACAACGUAGAUUAAAUUCCAGCCAAUAGAAAAAUCGAAUGAACAUCAUGUGAUGCAAGCUGACCAAUCGGAGCACACACAGGGACAACAGCGGAAGCUGUCGGAAGUGUUUUGUAGCCAAAUGACUUUUUAAAUACUUUGACUGGAGAAAAAAAGGGAAGAGCUGAAUUGUCGUUAGAUUAAUUAAAGACUGUCCAUCAAACACUCCCAACUUUCAUUGGGUUGACGUUCCGUGGUGCAGAAUUGUUGAGCCCCUCCUGCCAGAAAUUCGAACUAGACAGGAGAAUUUGAGUGACAGUGAUGAGUGAUCCGUGGCAGGAGUGCCUGGAGCACUGCGUGGAGGUGGCCACACAGGCCGGCAAGGUGAUUCGCGAGGGCCUCAAGAGUGACAUCGCCGUUAUGCACAAAAGCUCGCAAGUGGACCUGGUGACCGAGACGGACCAGCGAGUGGAGCGGCUCAUCAUAUCCUCCAUCAAGGCAAAGUUCCCCACACACAGCUUCAUCGGCGAGGAGUCGGUGGCGGCGGGCGCCCCGAGCGUCCUGACCGACGACCCCACUUGGAUCAUCGACCCGAUUGACGGCACCACCAACUUCGUCCACGGCUUCCCCUUUGUGUGUGUAUCCAUCGGCUUCACAGUGAAGAAACAGAAUUCGGCGUGGUGUACAGUUGCAUCGAGGACAAAAUGUACACAGCGCGCAAAGGCAAGGGCGCCUACUGCAACGGCGUUCCCAUCAAGGUCUCCGGGCAGGAAGGUGAGGGUUGGCGUUUCCGCUUCUGAUCAGCAGGGGGCGCCAUCACCCCGGCAAACAACCCAAGCAACACCUCUUAUGUUGCCUCGUGGCAGAUCUCAGCCAAUGCCUUGUGCUGACCGAGGUUUGCUUCAAAAAGGACCCGCAGCGGUUCGACGCCAUGAUGGCAAACCUCAGGAGCGUCCUGACCAUCCCCGUGCACGGCAUCCGCUCGCCGGGAAGCGCCGCCGUCAACAUGUGCCUGGUGGCGAGCGGCGCGGCAGACGCGUACUACCACGCGGGCAUCCACUGCUGGGACAUGGCCGGCGGCGCGGCGGUGGUCACGGAAGCCGGGGGAGUCGUCACCGACGUGUCAGGUGGGCCGUUCGAUUUGAUGUCCCGCCGGCUGAUCGCGGCCAGCAGCAGAGCGGUGGCCGAGCGCCUCGCCAGGCACAUAACGGAGUUCCACGUCGGCAGGGACGACGCAGAUGGCUCGUAAACAGAAAAAAACGUAACGCUUUGUCGCGCCUAACGAGCCGAGAGUUUGGCUUCAGAGGCGAAAUGUGGCGCGUACAGCCUGAGGAGUAGGUUAGACCAGCAGUCAAUCGUUUGAAUUUGGGAUGUUUUUACUCAUGUUUUAUAGGCGGGAACGCUCGAUACAAUCGAGGAAUCGUGUGUGGAAAUAUUGUGUGGAAAUAUGGACAAAUGGACACCGAGGGGAGGCUGGGAAAAGUUUAAAAUGUUGACAAUAUCCGUUUUUGUCGAUCCCAAAGACGAAGAAUUGACUAAAGGUCUUGGCCAAACCCUUAUUUUGCAAUUUAUUUCAUCAUUUUAAACAGCUCCCAAAUGUCCUAAUAAAAGAGCUCCAUCUGUCAAAAUACACCAAGGAAGACAAAUUGCAACAUACCUAAUAUCCCCUUUGGUUGAAAUCAUUCUGUUUUUGGGUGAGUCAUACUGCCUCAUGCAACUGCAGAUACCUGCAGAGUUCGUUCAUUCAUUCAGACUGACUCAGUGGAAGUCUGAAAUAAACUAGAUCAGGGGUGGGCAAAUAUGGCCCAGUUCAGUUCUUUAAUCUGGCCCACCGACCAAUUGCAUUAUUAGUCGGUGAAAUAAUUGAGGCAUUCAUUCAUCUUUUUUUUCCCCACCUAAAUUUGGUGAAUGAAAAUAUAUUUAGUCAUUUUUCUCAUUGCAUAGAAUUGGUGAGUUGAUUUUAUUGUGAAUAAUAAAAUGAAUUUUACACA